AUGGCCGAACAAUCGUCCAUCUCGACAUCGUCGCCUGACAAUGUGCAGGUUCAGCAAAAGCGAACAUGGUAUCACACUACCCUUUUCAAUGCCUGUAUCAUCGGUGGUGUGGGCUUCAUGGCCCCGGGUUUGUGGAAUGCUAUGAACUCUUUGGGCGCUGGUGGUGCCGAGUCGCCCUUUUUGAUUAAUGCUGCCAAUGCUCUGGUUUUUGGUCUAAUGGGCUUCUUGUGUCUCUUUGGUGGUCCGAUUGCGAACCGAAUCGGAUUGAAUUGGACUCUGUUGUUGGGAGCGGUCGGAUAUCCAAUUUACUCGGCUGCAUUGUACACGAACAAUCGCUAUGGCAAUGUUUGGUUCGUGCUUGUUGGGGCAGUAGCCUGUGGAUUGUCCGCCGGCCUUUUCUGGGCUUCCGAGGGUGCUGUGGCCCUGGGCUACCCAGAGCCGUCCAAAAGAGGCAGAUAUAUGAAUAUCUGGCUUUGGUUCCGUACAGGCGGUCCCUUGAUGGGAGGAGCUAUUGUCCUAGGACUAAACCAUUCUGCUGAAGCAAAGAAAAAGGGCAAGGUCGACUCGGAAACCUAUCUCAUCUUUGUCGCACUUCAAUGUCUUUCUGUUCCUAUGGCAAUCUUUCUCUCGCCUCCUGAAAAGGUCCAGCGGAGUGACAAUAGCAAAGUGAGGGUCGUUUUGCAAGAUUCAUGGCGUGCAGAGAUGCGAGAGCUUUGGAGACUGUCUUGUCGGAAGGAGGUCCUCUUGCUGCUCCCAGUGUUCUGGGCAGCGUACUUCAACCAAUACAGUACAAAUUUCGAAACAUAUUACUUCGGUGUUCGAGCUCGUGCUCUGAUUGGAUUCGUCAGCAAUUUUGCAAACCUCUUUUCCUCUGGGAUUAUCAGCCGAUUCCUGGAUUAUCGUGGCAUAUCAAUCAAGAACCGAAUCAACUACAGCCUUUACUACGUGAUUGCCCUUCAUAUCGUCGCAUGGGUGUACGGCUGGGUGGUCCAGGAGAAGUACACUGCAAACCCACCGACAUACGACUGGUCAGACAAAGGCUUCACCGAAGGUCUGUUUGUCAUUCUGCUUUGGCAAUUCUCCCAGCAGGCAUUGCAGAACUGGCUUUAUUACCUUGUUUCUACCAUGACUGACAAUAUCUCCGAGCUAUCUCGGUUAUCUGGUAUCCUCCGUGGACAGGAGAGUUUCUCCCAGGCCGUCUCAUUCGGCAUCAACACUCGGGAUUGGUAUGGUGGGAGAGUCCCUCUCGCUGUUAACACGAUCCUUUUAGGUCUUGCGGUGUUCCCUACCUGGCUGGUCGCCAGGAACCACACUCCCAUUGAGCACGACAAGCACGCCGCUGCCCAGUCUGAAUAUCGGGAUGAAGAACAGGGUGCUGUGCAGAGCACUGCUGAUCAGAAGACAGUUGUAGUGAGCGAGACAAGGGCAGAUAAACAGUAG